AUGUUAGCUUUGUGAGCAAAGUCUCAUCUCUCGCGUGUACGACCACUCCUUGCCCCACAGCUGGCUGGCCACUGGUGACGUGGAAGGGGAGUGGCGCACACGUGCCCCUAUCGGUCCAAGCCGCUUGAGCCCCUGCUCGCGACUGCUCCCCGACUAAGCUUCCAACCUGCUUGCGGGCCCGGCUGGCCAGCGGGUCCCCCCAUUCUGCAAUAUUUUAGUUUUAUUUCUUUUUCUUCAUUUAUCUCAAAAGUAAGACUGUAGAAAUCAUAUAAAUUCGUAUAAAAUCACAUAAUUACCCAAAAAAUCACAUUAAUCAACUGAAAACCACUUUUCACACUUUAACACAAAUAUAAGUCUAUUUAUCACGAGUUAAGGCUAAAACUAUAUUAUUUACUAAUUAUUAACUCAUGAUAAUGAAGACUUAUCACCGGCGAUUCUUACGAAAGCGAUUACAGACGAUUUAGUUAAUCAAAUUAAGAUCUGUAAAAGCCAGAAGAAUCGUAAUAGAACAAAGUAUAUUUUGGUAAAUUAAAAUCAUAAAAAGUAUCACUAAAUGAAGCGUAAAGUAAGUUUGAAAGCAAGAAAACAGAGUUCCGACGUCGCGACGGCGAUGUGUCGGCGAUGCACUGGAAUCCUGAGCGUUCGGGAGGAUCGUCGUGCAAUGUCCACGGCCUCGAAGGCUCUCCUUGGGCAAAGACGACGUGGGCAAUCUCUAGAUCUUCUCACGAAGUCUAGAAAUUAAUGAAAUGGGUCGCCGAGUCGUCUCCGGCGGCUGUCACUCGGCGGAGCGGAAAAAUGGUGACUUUGCAGCUCUCCGGCGGCUGUCACCCGAUGGAGAGGAGCUUGAUGGAGGUGGGGCGCGUGUCAGAGAGCUUCAUCCUCAAGUCCGCGCAGCAAGAGGAGUGAUAAGUCUUCAUUAUCAUGAGUUAAUAAUUAGUAAAUAAUAUAGUUUUUGCCUUAACUCAUGAUAAAUAGACUUAUAUUUGUGUUAAAGUGUGAAAAGUGGUUUUCAGCUAAUUAAUGUGAAUUUUUGGGUAAUUAUGUGAUUUUACAUGAAUUUAUAUGAUUUUUACAGUCUUGCUUUUGAGAUAAAUGAAGAAAAAGAAAUAAAAAUAAGACAAAAUGAGGGGGGGACCCGCCGACCAGCCGGGCCCACAAGCGGGUCGGAAGCUCAGUCGGGGAGUAGCUGCGAGCAAGGGCUCAAGCGGCUUGGAUCGAUAGGGGCACGUGUGCGCCACUCCCCUUCCACGUCUCCGGUGGCUAGCCGGCUGUGGGGCAAGGAGUGGUCGUACACGCGAGAGACGGGACUUUGCUUAAAAAGCUAACAUUACUAUAUAUUCGCCUGAAAAAUCGGCGCACAACCGAUGUGGGACUAAACCCGCGUCACACCUUCCUCAGAAGGGGUGGACAACCGGCGUGGGUUCGAAUCUUCCUAGAGUCAAAAUUCAUAUAUUUUUAUCUGAUUAUCGCGACUUUCUUGCAGAUCGCCGGUGAAGGAUUAAGCAACGAGAAUCGCUAGAUCAUCGGCAAAAAUCUCGUCAAUGCGAUUCGCGAAGCAUUGCUACUAAAAUUGCUGAACGAUUCGCGAUAAAAGGAUCGCGAAUCCAUCGAGUAAAUCAUCUCCGAUUGAUCGACGAACAAGCCGUCGUCGGGAAGAGGACGAUCCGCCGAGAGACGAGUCGCCACCUCCUGAGAUGGUACCAGAUGCGAUGAAGAGCCUCCUCUUGCUGCGCGGACCUGAGGAUGAAGCUCCCUGACACGCGCCCCACCUCCAUCCAGCUCCUCUCCGUCGGGUGACAGCCGCCGGAGAGCUGCAAAGUCGCUGUUUUUCCGCUCUGCUGGGUGACAGCCGCUGGAGACGACUCAGCGACCCAUUUCAUUGAUCUCUAGACUUCGCAAGAAGAUCUAGAGAUUGCCCAUGUCGUCUUUGUCCAAGGAGAGCCUUCGAGGCCGUGGACACUGCACAACGAUCCUCCCGAAUGCUCAGGAUUCCAGUGCAUCGCCGACGCAUCGCCGUCGCGACGGCGGAACUCUGUUUUCCUACUUUCAAACUUACUUUAUGCUUCAUUUAGUGAUAUUUCUUUGUGAUUUUAAUUUACUAAAAUAUACUUUGUUCUAUUACGAUUCUUUCGGCUUUUACAGAUCUUAAUUUGAUUAAUUAAAUCGUCUGUAAUCGCUUACGUAAGAAUUGCCGGGCUGAACUCUGUUUUCGCCCGAUUCGCGUUCGCCGGGCGCUGACGUCAUCCUGACGUCCGCGCCCUUAUUUCCCUUUUUCAUGAAUUUUAAAUUUUUUUUUUUAUUUUCUAGUAUAAAAUUCAUAGAAAAUCGUAUUCAUUGAGAAAAAUUCUGAAUAAUUACCAGAUAUUAUAUUACAUCCCUGUGAUCGACUUGGAAAAUUACCGCUAUUUUUGGAAGUUUUAUUGACAAUAAUUGCUAUAUUUAUUUAGAAAUACUUCUAAAUAUCCGAAAAUUCGUAUUUUCUAGUUUUAUAAAUUUUAUAAUUGAAAAUCCUUUCAUUAUUUCAUUCAAAACUAAAAAUCCGAAAGAAAAAUUAAUUUUGAUAGAUUCUGAAGAAAGUACAGGUCAAACUGAGAAAAAUCUUAUGGCCAUGAAAAAUUAUUAUAUCCCUGAUUCAUUUCAAAGAGCAUCCAAUAUUAGAGUCCCAUUAGCACCCAAUGUUAAAUUCAAAAUAAAUCCAAGAAUUUUUCAAAUGCUCCCUAAUUUUAAUGGAUUGCCGUUAGAGGAACCUCAUCAGCACUUAGAAAAAUUUCAUAUGGUCUGUGAUUUAGUUAAUCUCCCUCAAGUUACACCGGAAAUUAUUAAGAUGAAAUUAUUCCCUCAUACACUUAGGGACAAAGCUAGCCAUUGGCUAUCCACAUUAGAUAGAGAAUUAACUAGCUGGAAAGACAUAAAACAGGCAUUUCUUCGAAAAUUUUAUCCCUUAGGAAAAACUCAAAAUAUGAGAAAACAUAUAUGGAAUUUUUCUCAAAGACCAGGAGAAACUUUACAUGAGACAUGGGAAACAUUCAAAGAUUUACUUAGAAAAUGUCCCCAACAUGCUAUACCCAAGUGGCAGCUCAAUAGAAUUUUUUAUGAUGUAUUAUUAGAACAACAUAGAAAUAUGGUUGAUUCUAUAUGUGGAGGAGCUUUUAUAGAGAAAACCUCUGAUGAGAUUUACAGUCUUUAUGAGAAUUUAAGUGAAAAUUCUAGAGAUCAAGCCUCUUUUGAAUUAUAUGACAGGGAUAAGAAGAGAGGAAUUCAUGAAUUGCACCAUGAUAAUGAAUCUAAAUUUAGAAAUGAGGUUAAUCAGAUUAAUCAAAGAUUAGAAAAACUUAAUUUUCUUAUUGACAAUAUUAGAAAGCCUCUUAACCCUCAAUUUAAUUCAAAUAGUACAGAUUUUAUGUAUGGUGAAAAUGAUCAUUUCGAAUUUCAAUAUCAUCCUUGGCAAGAACAAGUACCCCACGAUUUUAGUAAAAAUAGAGAAUAUUUUUCUAAUUCUUAUAAUCCUAAUUGGGGGAAUAAUUUUUCGUGGAGAAACCCAAAUAAUAUUCAAAAUCCAGAAGCACUUAGAUCCAAUUCACAUUUUGAAUUUCGUCCAAAACAGGAACAUACAUUUCAGAAAAAUCAGUCCUCUCAAAUCCAACCUGAUGCUAUGGAAAUGAUGCAGAAAAUGAGCCAAAUGAUGCAACAAAUUAUGAAUCAAAUGAUGCUGCACCAGAAACAAAUUAUAGAGGCUCUUAGGGAUAAGAGAGAAGAGAGACAACUACUUAGUCAGCCCAUAGAAAAUUCAAGAAACUAUCCAACAAUAGGAUUUCAGCAAGAAGAGUCUAGCUGGAUAAAUUUAGAAAAAAACCCACGAAAUGAAAAUGUUAGGACAGUGAAUACAUUGAGUGAGAAUAUUUUACCUGAUCCUUAUUUCCAAUUAUUAGAAGAAGAAAUUGAUGAUCCAUUAAAAGUAAAUGAGAAUAUUAAGGCCGAAAAUAUAGUAGCAGAAAAUUUGAAUAAAAUCAUUUAUUGCUCACAAUUGAUGAAUGAAUAUAGUGAGGAUGAUGAGGAGAAAGAGCCCUUAGAUGAAGAAACAGCAGCUGAUCAUGGAAAAAUCAUCCAAAUUUUAGUAGAAGGGAGUAAGGACAGAAAUGAAGAAAAACAUAUUUUAGGUGAGGAAAAAUCAGUUGAUUUGGGAGACGUAGGAGACGAAAUUAAUGAAUCUAAUCAUAAUUUUGCAGCCAUGGAUGUUGAUUGUGAGGAUGAUGAUAUAUAUCAUAUACCGAAAUUAAAAGAUAGCUCUUGGAAAGAUGAAGAAUUUGAUGAGUUGAGAAACGAAAAACUAGAAAAAGAGUUGAUUCAACUAAUGGGGAGAAAUGAAAAUAAUGGAUAUAAAUAUAGAGAUAAUUUUUUAGGAGAAAAUUUGAAUUUUAUUGAAUUCAUUAGAUCUGAGAUUAAAGAAGACAAUCCUUCCAUCCUUCAAAACCCACAGCCCAUUAGAAUUAUUUCUAAGCUUGAAAUAUUUCACUCCUCACAAAUUGAACAAAUAUGUAUGGAAGAUAAAAUAGAGCAGGGGAAGAUUAUGCAGAUAAAAGAAGACAUUAAGAAAUGGGUGAGUGGAAGAAUUAGAGAUAUCAAUUUAGAUGAAAAGAAUUUAGAUUGGGUAAGAGCUAAUUUGAAAAUUAUAUGGCCUGAUCACAUUUUAUGGUCUAUUAAUAGGAAGUAUUUAUUAAUGAAUGAGAGCCUUACAAAACAAGAUAGAAAUGAGGAAAGAUUCUUUUCAAAACAAAAAUAUUAUUUUUGGGAAAAUUUUGUUAAUUUCCAUCUUGUUUUGGCUGAAAGUAUGUCAAGGUAUAUAUAUGAAGUACAUGAAUUUAUGCUAAAUCUGAAAAAGAAUAUCAUGAAACUUACCUUGGGAUACAAAUAUAUUUUGAUGGCCAUAGAUCAUCUUAUAUGAUCUAAGAGCUGUCCAGCUGAAGACAUUAAAUUCAGCGCUACAUGGGAGGCAACCCAUGAUUUUUAUUUCAUUCUAUUUGAUUUUUUUUUUUAAGCUCUGUUUUUCUUAGAAUUUCGCAGUACUUGUUUCUGUAUUUGUUUUUUCGAAAAAGUGCAAGAGGAGGAGUGUAAGAUGAAGUGGAAAAUUAAAAUCGAGGUUGAGGUGAUGUCUUUCGGAGCUUUAUCAUUUAUGACAACAUUUUUAAUGCUUAACUUUGCAUAUAUGCAUGCUUCACGUGAAAAUUAUAUUUUCUGCAUAUUCUGUUUCGAUUUUUCUAUGUCAUUGAGGCAAUGUCAUUUUUAAGUUGGGGGGUGAAGUAUUCAUUAUUAAUUUAUGCUGUAAGACGAUUAAGAACAUGUGUUUGCAUUUUAUUCAACUUAGAACAGAAACUUUAAAAAAAAAAAAAAAUUCGGAAAAAUUGCAACAUCUAUUUUCUAGUUUUCUGUCAAGAACAACAGACUGUCAAAAAUAGCAGACGAAAAAACAACUCGAAAUUUGAAAUUAUAGAGACCCUUUUCUCACAUUUCAAUCCCCUAGAUAUAUGUUACUAAAAUUCGAAAUUACAGCUAUAAAGAAGAUAGUUUUGAUUUAUUUUUGACAAAUUUAUUGCUGCUAAAAAUAGAACUGAAAACAGAAAACAGAACUGUCAGAACUAUCUAAUUUACAAAUUCCUUACAUCAUAUUGCAUGCAUGAAAAAUUAAAUCAAUUAGAUUGAUUGAUACCAAAAGAUACUAGGAAGAUUAUUAUUGAGUCAAAAGAAUGAUCUAGUAGCAUGAAAUGUUGGAAUACUUCUUGGAUACAUGAUAGAUAACAUGGAUUUGAUUUUACAGAUUUUCACUUCAUGAUCUUGAUGGAUAAUAUUUACUUGAUGUGAAAAUUUGAUUGAUCAUUUGGGUUUAAUGGAGAUUUUUGCACCCUGAUCUAUAGGACUUGUGAGGAGAAAUCACUUAUUUCGGAAAAGAAAAAGAGAGAGCAAUGUGAAAAAUCUAGAAACGAAGAGUACACAUGGAGGGUGUGAGACAUCAUUCUCAUUGUCGAAAAUCGUGUAUAGAAAAACACUUGCUGCAAAAUAAGUGGAUAAAGUGAAAGUCCUGAAAAUAAAGAGUACACAUGGAGGGUGUGAGACAUCAUUCUUAUUGUCGAAAUUUGUCUAUAGGAAAAGCUACUUAUCAACUAUAUAUAAAGAAAGAAGAAAUAUAGUGCAAACUUCAAAAAUCAAGCCAUAGAAAAAGGGAAAUAUAGGAUCAAUAUUAUUCUUGGAUGAGUAUUGAUAAUUGGAACAUCUUGUAAAUACAUCUAUGACUGAAGAAGUGAUAAAGAUGUGAAUAGAAGAAGUGAAGUCUAGAUUGUUAUUCCAAGGUGUGUUUAAACAUUUAAGUGCUUGACAUCAUUCUUAAAUACUUGAUAUAAGAAUCCAAAGUGUCUAAAGGUGCAUCAUUUCUAAUUGUAUUUUUUUCUUUCUGUAUUGAAAUAUGAUGUUUAAGAUUUGUAAAUUUUUAUUUUCAUAAUUCCAUUGCUAAGGGACUAGCAAUGAUUUAAGUUGGGGGGUGUGAUAAGUCUUCAUUAUCAUGAGUUAAUAAUUAGUAAAUAAUAUAGUUUUAGCCUUAACUCCUGAUAAAUAGACUUAUAUUUGUGUUAAAGUGUGAAAAGUGGUUUUCAAUUGAUUAAUGUGAAUUUUUGGAUAAUUAUGUGAUUUUACAUGAAUUUAUAUGAUUUUUACAAUCUUGCUUUUGAGAUAAAUAAAGAAAAAGAAAUAAAAAUAAGACAAAAUGAGGGGGGGACCCGCCGACCAGCCGGGCCCGCAAGGGGGUCGGAAGCUCAGUCGGGGAGUAGCUGCGAGCAGGGGCUCGAGCGGCUUGGACCGAUAGGGGCACGUGUGCGCCACUCCCCUUCCACGUCACCGGUGGCUAGCCGGCUGUGGGGCAAGGAGUGGUCGUACACGCGAGAGACGAGACUUUGCUCACAAAGCUAACAUUACUAUAUAUUCGCUUGAAAAAUCGGCGCACAACUAAUGUGGGACUAAACCCGCGUCACACCUUCCUCAGAAGGGGCGGACAACUGGCGCGGGUUCGAAUCCUCCCAAAGUCAAAAUUCAUAUAUUUUUAUCUGAUUAUCGCAACUUUCCUGCAGAUCGCCGGUGAAGGAUUAAGCAACCAGAAUCGUUGGAUCAUCGGCAAAAAUCUCGUCAACGUGAUUCGCGGAGCAUUGCUACUAAAAUUUUGCUGAACGAUUCGCGAUAAAAGGAUCGCGAAUCCAUCGAGUAAAUCAUCUCCGAUUGAUUGACGAACAAGCCGUCGUCGGGAAGAGGACGAUCCGCUGAGAGACGAGUCGCCACCUCCUGAGAUGGUACUAGAUGCAGUGAAGAGCCUCCUCUUGCUGCGCGGACCUGAGGAUGAAGCUCCCUGACACGCGCCCCACCUCCAUCCAGCUCCUCUCCGUCGGGUGACAGCCGCUAGAGAGCCGCAAAGUCGCCGUUUUUCCGCUCCACCGGGUGACAGCCGCCGGAGACGACUCGGCGACCCAUUUCAUUAAUUUCUAGACUUCGCGAGAAGAUCUAGAGAUUGCCCAUGUCGUCUUUGUCCAAGGAGAGCCUUCGAGGCCGUGGACACUGCACAACAAUCCUCCCGAAUGCUCAGGAUUCCGGUGCAUCGCCGACGCAUCGCCAUCGCGAUGCCGGAACUCUGUUUUCCUGCUUUCAAACUUACUUUACGCUUCAUUUAGUGAUACUUUUUCUGAUUUUAAUUUACCAAAAUAUACUUUGUUCUAUUAUGAUUCUUCUGGCUUUUACAGAUCUUAAUUUGAUUAACUAAAUCGUCUGUAAUCGCUUUCGUAAGAAUCACCGGGCGGAACUCUAUUUCCGCUCAAUUCGCGUUCACCGGGCACUGACGUCAUCUCAAUGUCCGCACCCUUAUUUCCUUCUUUUCGUGAAUUUUAAAUAUAUUUCCUUUUCAUUUUCUAGUAUAAAAUUCAUAGAAAAUCGUAUUCAUUGAGAAAAAUUCUGAAUAAUUACCAAAUAUUAUAUUGCAUCCCUGUGAUCGACUUGGAAAAUUACCGCUAUUUUUGGAAGUUUUAUUGAAUUAUAAUUGAUAUAUUUAUUCAGAAAUACUUCUAAAUAUCUGAAAAUUUGUAUUUUCUAGUUUUAUAAAUUUUAGAUUUGCAUGAUUUAAUAUACAACGACUAAGUCACGUCAAGGAGGCUCUUCAUCACAUCUGGUACGCUCUCAGGAGGUGGCGACUCGUCUCCCAGCGGAUCGUCCUCUUCCCGACGACGGCUUGUUCGUCGAUCAAUCGGAGAUGA